GAGCGCGCGCGUGUGAUUUGUUUGUGUAUCCUCAUUGUUUUUCUCUCUUGAGUGUUUUAUUGAGAUUAAACAAAGUUUUGUCUCUGUGUAUUUUAGUGUUGAUGAUGAGAUGGAUGUGAUGUGCUGUAAAUCAGUAGGAACUGAUCUGUCCAUGCUGGAUAUUGAUGAUUUCGUCAAAGAAAUCUCUCGGCUGAAGAAAGAAAUGGCGUUACUGGAGAUAAAGCUGAGGUUAAGAGGAGAUGAAGGAUUGAAUAGAGAGGAUGGGGUUUGUUGUGAAUCUUCAGAGUAUGUGACUGUUUGGAGCUCCAGUGAAUGUCUGGAUUCAGUGUGGAUGAGCAGAGAUCAGAGCCGCACACCACAGUCACUGCUGGAUAAACUCUCUGAAGAGACAUCCAGACACACACAGGACUCAGAUCUCAGUCUGUCUUUACUCUCUUAUACUGAGUCAAAGCCCACAGACGCUCAGGACACUACAGUGUGUGACAGUAAACAGAGCUUACAGGAGGAUCAAACCUCCACAGAGUCUCUGGAUUCUGUCUGUAACGCUGGAGAACAGCAGCAGAUCCUGCAGACCAAACUCAAGAUGUCUUCAGUUAAACCGAUGGACAGUGGGAACCUGAUGAGAAGAGAAACUACAGCAGAGGAAGAUCACACUGAGGAAGAUGAUGACAAUCAUGAUGAUUUUAUUCCUUCAGAUAAGAUCAGUGAUUCGUGUUUGGAUGGAGAAAUAACGUCUUUAUCGUCAAAAGAGCGACAGUCGGCACAAACUCUUUCCUGCAUCACCGAUGGAGAGACAUUGAGCUCACAGAGACAUUUAGAUAUAAAUGCAGAACAAAAACUCUUGACCUCCACCAGAUCUGAGAUCAGCUUCACUACCUUACAAAAGUAUAAACGUCAUCAUUCAAAAGUGCACAGAGAGAAGAAGAAGCAGUUUCACUGUCAGCAAUGUGGGAAGGAUUUUGGCUUCUUAUCUCGGCUAAAAGUUCACGUGAGGUCACACAGUGCUGAAAAGUCUUUUUACUGCACUGAAUGUGGCAAAUAUUUCAGCACCAAACAAAGUCUUGAUAUUCAUCAGCGAAUUCACACUGGAGAGAAACCAUACGAGUGUCCUCACUGUGAGAAGAGAUUCAGCCGAAACCAUCAUCUGAAGUCACAUAUGCUUAUACACACCAAUGAAAGACCGUAUCAGUGCAGUCAAUGUGACAAAACCUUUAGGGUUUUAAGUUCAUUAAAAUCACACCAGAAUAUUCACUCUGAGGAGAAACGCUAUCAGUGUUCACACUGUGAUAAAGGUUUCUGUCAUAAAUCUAAUCUGAUUAUCCAUGAGAGAGUUCACACUGGAGAGAAACCUUACAUCUGCUCUCAAUGUGGAAAGAGCUUCACUCAUCCAGGUACUUUUAAAGCUCAUCAGAGAAUUCAUACAGGAGAGAAACCUUACGUCUGCUCUCACUGUGGAAAGAGCUUCACUCAACCAGGUACUUUUAAAGCUCAUCAGAAAAUUCAUACAGGAGAGAAGCCUCAUCACUGUACUGUUUGUGGGAAGAGUUUCAGCAAAAAAUGUAAUCUAAAGAAACAUGUGCGUAUACACACCAAUGAGAAACCAUAUCAGGUUUUAGUGAGACACCAUAUAACUCAUACAGGUGAAAAACCGUUACAAAUGUUCUCAGUGUGAGAAGACUUUUACUAAGCCAGAUUCCUUAAAGCCCAUUUGAGAGUUCAUACGUGAGAGAAACCUUACGGGCCCUAUCAUACACCCAGUGCAAUGUGCGACACAAGUGUCUUUCGCUAGUUUCAACCUGGCGAAAUUAUCAUUUUCACGUUUAGCUAGCACCAAGUUCUUUAAAUAGCAAAUGCAUCUGCGCCCAAUUUUGCACCCAUGGGCGUUCUGGUCUGAAAACGAGGUGUGUUCAGGUGCAUUUUUGGCGCGUUGCUAUUUUGAGGCAACUAAAAUAGACUACGCCAUUGACCAACUUAAACCUGCUCUAAAGUCAAUGGCGCAAUAUUGUUUUUGUUAUUUAAUGAACGCGUUAGGAAUACGGGACGACAAUACGCUUUUGCUAAUCACACACAUGGAUGCGCAGCAGAACACAACCCUUUUAUAAUAUGAAAAAUGUAAGAAUUAAAAUGUAAAAGAUUAUUAUUGAGUCUCUUGGACUUAAAUGAGGACCGAUUAUGAAACUUUAGAAGAUGUAAAGAUCUGCUUCACCUGUAGCUUGGUAAGAAAUUGUUUUGCUUUAAAUAAAUGCUUCUGUUUUUAAAUGUUUUUUAAAUGCUACCUCACAAAUUAAUUGUAUUUGAUGACUUUGUACCUGUGGAUAUGGUGAGAUGAGAAACAUUUUUAAGUAAUGCUUUAAAAAAAACCAUAGCGCUGUCUGAGUGCUGAA